AUGUCCAGCAAGGGGCAUCUCACAGAGCUACCGCUGGCAAGCGCGGUGGGCAAGCGUCCAUCCCCCAGAAGACUUCUACUACUUGCGUUAUGUGCCCUUGUCGCGAUUGUUACGGUGCUUACAUGCAAUAGCUUGCUCUAUGCAACCACUACCGGUGCAGGUCCUCGAAUUCAGCGCGUCCCACUGAAUGCAGAACAUGUACUAAACCAAUGUGCCUCCCUCCGGAAGGUCCCCGGCCCACCUGAGGAUUUCUUGGCGAGAGCAGUCUCGGAUCGUUUUGAGCCAGGGACUCAGCCGACGCUCAUCAAGAACGCAAAGCUAUGGACGGGCGCGAGAAAUGGUAGCGAGAUCGUCUACGGCGACUUAUUGUUGGACGGCGGACUAGUGAAGGCCAUCGGAUACAUCCCUAGAGCACUAUAUGCGGAGGAUGAUACAGUAUUCAUUGACGCCAAGGGUGCAUGGGUCACUCCCGGACUAGUGGAUCUUCACUCCCAUGUAGGUCUGUUUAGUGCACCAGGUAUGGCCGGGACCUACGAUGUCAACUCCCGACAUGGACCAGUCUUGCCCUGGUUGCGAAGUAUCGACGCGUUUGACACACACGACGACGCGUUUCAGCUAGCUAUCGCGGGCGGAGUCACUUCUGUGCAGGUCCUUCCUGGGAGUGGAAACGCCAUUGGCGGACAGGCUUUCAUGUUCAAAUUGCGCAAGACGUCUGACAGGUCGCCGACGUCAAUGAUCAUAGAACCGCCGCACACACUCAAUGGCAGUGAGCCUGACCCGUCCCAGCCCUUGCGUUGGCGACAUAUGAAACAGGCUUGCGGCGAGAAUCUCCGCAGGUAUGGCAACCGCAUGGAUGCCAUUUGGUCCUUCCGCUCCGCAUACAACGAGGCUCGCCAGAUCAAGCAUGCUCAGGAUGCAUUCUGCGCAAAGGCCGAGGCCGGUCUGUGGAACGCGCUUGAGGGACAGAGCUAUCCGGAGAACCUCCAGUGGGAGGCUCUGGUAGAUGUAUUGAGAGGGAGAGUCAAGGUAAUCGCGAAUCACUGCUAUGAAGAGGUCGACCUUGACGACAUUGUGCGGCUCACGAACGAAUUUCAAUUCCCCAUUGCCUCCUUCCAUCACGCGUCUGAGGCAUGGCUAGUACCCGACGUAUUGAAGAGAACAUAUGGAGGUACUCCUGCCGUUGCGAUCUUUGCCAGCAAUCACCGGUACAAGCGUGAGUCAUACAGGGGCUCAGAGUUUGCCCCCCGUGUACUAGUAGACAACGGCAUACCCGUGGUCAUGAAGUCCGAUCAUCCAGUAUUGAAUAGUCGUUACCUUAUGUUCGAGGCGCAACAGGCACACUAUUACGGGUUGCCGCCGCACCUGGCGCUCUUAUCUGUGACCGCGGUGCCAGCCAAUGCAGCGGGCAUGUCGCAUCGUAUCGGAAUCCUGUACGAGGGUGCUGAUGCUGAUGUCGUGCUUUGGGACUCGCAUCCGCUCCAGCUCGGCGCGACACCCAAGAAGGUCUGGAUCGACGGCAUCCUGCAAGUCGGAGCAGAUGAGGAUGGUAUCGUCAUCGGCAAAGGCAAGGAUAAGGAGUUCCAGGAGGUGCCCAUAGUACCGAAUUGGGACGCGGAGCGCCGCGCGGCGGUCGAAUGGGAAGGCCUUCCUCCGCUCGCCCCGACUCGGCAGGAUGGACGCGUUGCAUUCCACAAUGUGCGCGAGCUGUGGAUCCGACGGGAUGACGAAAUUUACGAGGUUUACGGCGGUGACAACAUGGAGCUAGCAGACGUGGUCGUGGAUGGAGGGCAUGUAACCUGUGUCGGGCGACACUGUCUUGGCGGGAUCAAUGCGAAGGCCGUGUUAGACCUGCACGGCGGGUCAAUUUCGCCAGCUUUCAUGACGUACGGGUCGCCUCUGGGCGUUGAGGAGAUUGCGGGAGAGGCGUCGACGGGAGACGGGAAACGAUUCGAUCCCUUCAAUGGCGAGGUGCCGAGCAUAUUGGGUGAUCAGGGUGCUGUGGUGCGGGCGGGGGAUACGUUGCAGUUUGGAACGAGGAAUGCGCUGAUUGCUCAUCGAGCAGGCGUCGCGUAUGCAACCUCCUCGCUGGAAAAGGUCAACUUGUUCUCCGGGUCUUCCUCCAUCAUCGGAGGACUUUCCGUAACCUUCCGUACAGGCUCGCAGCACGGGCUCGAGCAUGGUGCAAUUGUCAAAGAAAUCGCCGCACUGCACAUCACCAUGAGCCGCGCCGCACCAUACUCAUCUGAAGGCUGGGCCAGCGUCAGCACCCAAGUAGCCACGUUGAGGAGACUACUGCUGAACGGCGAGCCCACUGAUACGGAGACAGGCAAGUGGUUCAAACAAGCCGCGAAGGGUGCAAUCGCGCUAGUGGUUGAUGUCGGCAGCGCCGAUAUCAUGGCAACCUUGCUGAGGCUGAAGGUCGACGUAGAGCAAGCAAGAGGCUCCUUCAUGAAGAUGGUUUUCGCUGGGGCGGCGGAAGCUCAUCUCAUUGCGGAGGAGAUCGCACGCGCCAAAGUAGGGGUAAUCCUCGAUCCCGUUCGACCUUUCCCGGGAUCUUGGGAUAACCGUAGGAUAUUGGCCGGACCACCGCUCACAAACGACACGGCGCUCGUCACGCUCAUGGAUGCUGGAGUGACGGUCGCGGUCGGCGUACGUGACGCCUGGCAAGCAAGCAAUACGCGCUUCGAUGUUGCAUGGGCCGCCCUGGAGGCCAAUGGGCGGAUUGACAGACGGCAAGCCUAUGCCUUGGGCUCUACGAACCUCGAAACGCUGCUAGGCGUACAAGACUGGAUUGGCGACGAAGCAGACCUUGUUGCGUUCGAUGGUGGCAGCGCGUUUGACCUUUCCAGCAAGGUCGUUGCUAUUGUAUCACCGGGCCGGGGGUUAGUCGAACUCGUGUAA